UUGGGGUGGUUGACGUAAUUGGUUGCUAGGAGGAAUCCAGCGUGCGAGCUGUCAAGCGUGUGGGCCCUUCUCAUCUGUCCUUAACUAUGACAGGAUUAUAUAGCUAAGACCAAGACGUUACUCUACUGUAGUUGUUUUGCAGCAGAUUCGACAUAUCCCUAAAUAUAUUCAGUGUGUACUUCACAAAUCGUCUCUGAAGCAGCCGCCACUGACGUCACCGGCCGGGCCCUAUUGCGCGGAGUGAUCCGCCCUCUUCAGCCCCCCGAGUUCCAGGAGGUGAAGUGGUUAUAGCGGAGGAAUACUAAUAAGGAACCUAAUUUCCCUAUUAUUGGGGUGAAAAAAAUAAGUACAUCCAGUCUCUGUAUGAGCGGAGAAGUAUGAAGUGCAGGUUUUCAGCUUUGAAGAAACAUUUUGGAGUGUGCUAAAAGCACUUGAAGAAUGUGGCUGAUAAUGUAUUAGGGUUCAAGAGAAGACUAUCGGUGGAUUAUAAAGUUUGUUGUGAAUUGUGUAAAGGAGACUGACAAUGGGACGAAAGAAAAUUCAGAUCACACGGAUAGUAGACGAACGUAACAGACAGGUCACGUUCACCAAAAGGAAGUUUGGGUUAAUGAAAAAGGCCUAUGAGCUGAGUGUGCUCUGUGACUGUGAAAUUGCACUGAUUAUUUUCAAUGGUUCUAACAAACUGUUCCAAUACGCAAGCACGGACAUGGACAAAGUUCUUCUCAAAUACACAGAAUACAACGAACCUCAUGAGAGCCGAACCAACUCUGAUAUUGUAGAGACUCUGAAAAAGAAAGGCAUAGAUGGUUGUGACAGCCCUGAUGCUGAGAGAUACUUUGAGGAGGAAACAUUCAGCAAACUAACUGAAGAUAAUGAUUUUGUUUUCAAGCAUGACAAUGCUCUGAACAAGAAAGAACACAGAGGGUGUGACAGUCCGGACCCUGAUGGCUCUUAUGUGCUUACACCCCACACAGAGGAAAAGUACAAAAAAAUUAACGAGGAGUUUGAUAAUAUGAUGCGCAAUCAUAAAAUCGCACCUGGAUUACCACAGCAAAACUUUUCAAUGUCUGUUACCAUCCCUGUGUCGCAUCCUAACACACUAUCCUACAGCUCUCCAGGGAACACACUGGUCACCGCGUCUCUAGCAUCCAGCACGUCAUUAACAGACACAAAUAUGCUGUCUCCACCUCAGACCACGCAUCAUCGAAAUGUUGCAUCCCCAGGGGUGCCACAGAGACCACCUAGCACUGGAAAUGCAGGUGUAAUGCUAUGUACAACUGACCUCUCAUUGCCAAAUGGAGCUGGAGCAAGUCCAGUAGCAGGUAAUGGUUUUGUCAACCCACGCGCUUCUCCGGGUCUCUUAGGACAAGUAGGUGGUAACAACAUGGGGAAAGUGAUGCCCACCAAGUCUCCGCCACCACCUGGGGGUAGUCUGGGAAUGAACAGUCGAAAACCAGACCUUCGUGUGGUAAUUCCUCCCUCCAGCAAAGGCAUGAUGCCUCCCCUGACGGAAGAAGAUGAAUUAGAACUGAAUUCCCAAAGGAUAAGCAGCUCCCAGUCUACACAGCCUUUGGCUACUCCUGUUGUGUCUGUAACAACUCCAAGCUUGGCCCCACAGGGGUUGGUGUACUCAGCAAUGCCUACUGCCUACAAUACAGAUUACUCUUUGAACAGUGCGGACCUGUCUGUGCUACAGGGAUUUAAUUCACCAGGAAUGUUGCAACUCGGACAGGUGUCAGCCUGGCAACAGCAUCACUUAGGACAAACAACUCUCACCUCUCUAGUGUCUGGUGGGCAGUUAUCUCAGGGUUCAAGUUUAUCUGUCAACACCAAUCAAAACCUUAACAUUAAGUCAGAGCCUAUCUCGCCACCUCGUGACAGAGUCACUCCUUCUGGAUUCUCCCAACACCAACCCCGUCUGGAAAUGGGCCGAUCGCCUGUUGAUAGCCUCAGCAGCUCCAGCAGCUCAUAUGAUGGUAGUGACAGAGAAGACGCCAGGAGCGAUUUCCACUCCCCUGCUGGGUUUGGAAGACCUCCUAACUCUGAGGACAGAGACAGUCCUUCUAUGAAACGCAUGCGCAUGGAUGCCUGGGUUACAUAAAUCCCUUCACAGCAAGGAGCCCCUAACAUAUCUGAAAAACUCUUAAAACAAGGAUGCAGAACCAUUGUGUGUGUUCAUAUAAAUGUAUAUGCCACAUGCCCAAAAAUAAAUUUGUUGUGUGUGUGCUCGUGUCAUACACAAAGUCAUCAGGUACCUGCUGCAAUGAAGGAAUACAAACCUACAACUUUUUGCAGAUAUGUGGCGCUUAUAUGGACUAUUUAAUAACUAUUUUGGAGAAGAACAUCCAUCUGUGUAAUUCUAUCACAAACUCAAUGAAACUUCAAAGACUAAAGGGAUGUUUCUUUUACAUACAGAGUGGCAAUACUAACCUGUUAAGCAUCUACAGUCUUGUAAAACACUUUGUUUGAAAGAGUUAGACUUGGUUUUGUAACCAAAAUAGAAACAUUUAAGCAGGAAACUAGAAAAGCAAUACUGUACAUGAUAUUUUAUUUAAUGUAACCGACAUGUUAAGGGCUGAAGCCACAAGACCUAUUUUUUGCACGUACCACUUAAUUAUGGUAUUUCAGGUCAGGAAAGAAAAAGGCAUGAGAUUUAAAUCAAAGAUCUAUAAGCCUAGAGAAAAGGCAAUAAAAAGUAAUAUAUUAACUUAUAACUGGGAUAUGUUCGAGAGAGAGUUUCUUUUUACAUUCAUAAGUUUAAAAAAUGAAUAGAGAAAUGAUUAUAGCUUGUGUAUAUUUUAUAUUAUGGAAAAUACCGAUAUGGAUUGAUAACUAUAUAUAAAGUUAUAUACUUUUGAACACAAUCUGCUAUGAAUUAUUUAUAUAAACCAAAGCUGUAUGUUUUAGCUUUUUUGUAGUCUAUAGAUUUAUCCUGUUACACCUGAUUUUUUUAUAUUUUUUUUAUUUUUUUUUUGCUUUGAAAGUAAAAAAAAAAAAAAAAAAUGCAACAUCUUCAGAAAGAGAAAACAAAGCCAUGAUACUAUCACACUUGUAAAUUAAACUUUGAGCCAAACUCUUAUUUUAUGUAUAUAGCAUCUAAAUAUUUCACCACAAGGUGUACGUAGCUGUGUAUUUUAUGUUUCUAUCUAUCAAUUUCUAUAUAGUUAUUUUGUGGAUUGAUGCCAACUUGAAACUAUAAGGGCAAUAUCCUUACAAAGUAGAAGAGUAUUCAAUGUGUAAUAUGUACAAUUUUGUCAAAUAUGCUGUAUUCUCUUUGGGUAUCAAUUGCCUAGUACCGUUACUAAAAGACUUUAUUUCUGGAGUGUUGUAUAAAAUAGUUUUGUUACGUUGUAUUUACAGUAAAGUGUUUUAAUCUACAUUUUAAACACUUAUGUUUCCUGCACAGCAAAGUGGCAAAAAACAAUCAUUGCAGAAAGAUCUUAAAGUAUAAUCAUUGCAGGUUGCUUUUUGUUACAAGUAUACAAAGAAAACAAAAUGUUUUUUGUUAACAAAAAACUAAAUGCAUUCAAUGUUUUUUUUUUAUGAAUAUAUAGGAUAAAUCCCCCUUACAAUAUUUGCUUAAUAUAAUGGUACUCAAAAGGUAAAUACUGGUCUGUAGCUAUGGAUUAAAAAGUUGUUCUAGUAGUACUGAAAGGUAGAUCUCAAUAUUAAGUGAUUGGUUUAUCUGCAGUUGGUGAUAUUGGUGGUUCUAAAACUUUAAAUUUGGGGGGUUGACAAAGGUGGUAAAAAAAAGCUGAAAUACACAGCACACAUAAUAUAUGGAGCCACUUGGCAGAGCAUGGGCUGCUCUUCACAGCUAAAAGGGGAUGCUACAUUGAGAUGGUUAAACACAGUAUUAGGCAGACUAUAGUGCAAGCACAAAAUUCUGUACCCUGUUAGAGCACUUUCUUUAUACAUGUGUAUGUCCCUUUAAAGGGACAUUAAACACAAAAUACAUGCUAGGUCGAAUGAUGCAUUCAAAGAAAAAGAUUAGUAUGAGAAUAACAUGUAGAUAUAUUGUUUUUAAAGUUUCAUCAGCUAUUUAAAUAUUGACAAAAUAAGUGUAAAUUUUUAGUGUCUAUAAAAUAAUGGGAGCUGCCAUGUUGUAACUUAGGUUACCUUCUCUGCUGUGGCCAAUUAGGGACAGUUAUAAAUAUGUCCACUUUGGGGGGGUGGGUUACAGCCCUAUUAGUUGAGGUCACAUACUAUUUGCAUUUUCUGGCCAUUUUGUUCCUUUGUGGUUUCUGUUACUGGUAAUCUUUCCCAGAAUCAAUAAGGAAUGUACUGGCUUCUUUAUAGUUCUUUCACCUACUUCCUAGGUAUGAAAAGGGGUUAGGCUUGGAUAUUUAAAUACAUUGGGGGAAAAAAAACAUUUUAAUGUUGCUUUUGUUUAAACCACCUUUGUUUAGGAAAGACUAUUAUAAAACACCUCAAAUCUAUAAUAGAAUCCACUGAUAACUAGUAUAGAAGAUGGAAAAAAUCUAAACCAUAUCCUUUUGCUUAAAAAUUCUUCUAAAAUGUAUACUUUACCCUAUAAUAAGAAUGAUAUUUUCUUCUUUACUUCCAAAUCACAGUGAUUUUAGUCUGUUCGAACUAAAAUUAAUUUAGAUUUUAGUAUCUUUAUGAUUACAGAAGCAAUAAAAAUAGAAUAUAUUAAGUAGAAGUAAACCAGAUUUGUAAUUUUUGGAUACUAGUAAUAGUAAAGUGUCUCACAAUAUAGGCCUCAUUCAUAUAAAUAAAUACCCAGCAUUACUUGCUGCUUUUAUACUAGGCUUGUCAGAAGCUGUCUAAUUAUUACAUAUGAGGAAGCAUCCACAAAUAUAUAGUCGUGACUAAAAACAAUUUGCUUAAAAUAUCUUUUUUUCUUUAACCUUUUAAUGCCGUUAUGCCGUUCUAUUCCGUCAUAAUUACACUGGGCAUUAGAGCCGUUAUGACGGAAUAGAACGUCGUAGCCAACGGCUCUCCUGAAGCCUUCUGUGCUUCCAGGAUUUGAUCGCGGUCUGGAGUGCGUUCCUAGGGUUGUACGCCAUACAAUAAUUUAAAUCUUGCGAUCGUGUGGUUUCAAUUUGUCUACAUCGGAACAGUUGUUCCGAUGUAGACACUUUAGCCCAGUCACGGAAGGGUUAAAAGGUCUGUACAUUUACUUUUGCCACCUUACUGUGCAUGAAUUAAAGCUAACAACCCCCUGGUAAAUGGGGUUACUGUAAUUUGUGGUUUCCCUGUUAGCGUAAAUAUACACAGUAACAUAUUCCCCUUUACUGUUUAUUAUCUUGUGUGCCUUAAGAAAAAAAUGGCUAUGCUGACUGUAUUUUAGGCUUCUAUGCAGAUGAUCCUGAUCCAGACAAUAUAUGAACAUUUUGCUGCCAGCAUUCUUAAAUAUAUGGUUUUAUACUGACUAUUUUCAAAUUCAUAGAGCCCAGAAAAAAUGUGUGGUGGUAGUUCUAUGGAGAUCAGCUUUUGUUUGUGUAUCAUUAUAUACAGGUAGAUUCCAUGGAACUUUAUCUACAUUUUUGCUGAUAGAAAGGACAUGUGCACUUGGCAAUAGAUUUACCAUUAGAUAUUUUGUACCCCUCAUUCUCCUAUAGGUUCAUUUCUUUAUAUCCUUAGGUGUUUACAGAAAGAAGGGGUGCACUGCAUUGUACUGUUGUAACUGAUGUGUUAUCAGAGGAGAUUACAUUUCUUUUUAUAUAGCUUUAUUUGAAAAGUGAAAGUGUUGAUGUAAUUGUUUUUAAUAUUUUUUUCAAUUCUCAGGACUCCAAAAAAUUGAAUAGUAUAACUAAAUGUGGACGGUGUAAUAACCCUCCUAAAAUACUGACUGUUAUUUACAAAAGAAUAAAUAUUCUUUUUUGUUUUUUUAAAGCAAUUCACUAUGUCAAACAUUUCAAAUGAAAUUCAAUGAUUAAUGUCUGCACACAAGAAAUAUAUAGUAAACAUGAAACCAUACAAACUGACAAAUCUUGCCAUGGAGCAGGAAAAUGGUUAACGUGCAAAUACUAGACUUUUCUACAUGAUAGCCAUGAAUGCAAAACAUUUCUUGCUAUGUUUAGUUUGCUUUAUAUGCCAACUACACUAUUUGCUUCAUGUAAAUUGCAUUUUAAGAUGUUUAUUUGGCAGCAUUUGACUUUACACAAUGCUGUUUGCCGAAGAUUAACAAAUUUGCGGCAAAAGCUGGACUUUGUCGCAGUCGCAGAAAUUACCUUUAGCGUGAAGGGGAAUAAAAAAAAAAAAAAAAGUUUAAAAAAAAAGUGUUAAAUACCUUCUUGGAUGUUUUUAUCUUUAUUACAUAAUUUAUAUUCUUGUGACUUUCUGUUGAAUGGUAAAGAAAAUACUAUAGAUUGUAAAAUAUUUGUAACUGCAUUCACUGAAGUAAAGAUAUUGGCUUUUACCGUGCA